AUGGUUAAUUUGGCUGUAACCGAUCUUGGAAUGGCCUUUAGCAUGUAUCCCCUGGCUAUCGCUUCUACCUGGAACCAUGCCUGGUUGGGGAGCCAUGCAACUUGCAUUUAUUAUGCCCUGGUGGGUUUCCUUUUUGGUGUUGCCAGCAUGAUGACCUUGUCUGUGACGGCUGUAAUCCGCUUUCCUGUAAGUCACUCAUCAAAGUCCAAUAGUGAGUAACAAAGCACAGAAGGGUGGCAAAGGUGAAACAGUUUCAAAGCUUUAGACUUCAUGUCAAGGCCAAUGGAAUAGUAUUUUAAAAACCUUUUCUGUGUGUUUAUAGAUCAGAUAUAUUCAGCAUUACUGCAGUAAACAAUCAGGACGGAUAUACAGUCUGGCCGUAAAUAUGUUUUGGGCUGUAAAUUGAAACAUAUAAUAUCAUGUAGGAGUUGGCACUGUGGUGCUGGUGUGAAAAACACUGUUCUUGUUUACAUUGGCUGUGUACAUCUGCUAUUAGCCAAAGAUAGUUAACCACAUCUGGUGACCGAUGGAAAUGUCCUAAGCUUCCCUGAGAAUACUUUAAGGCGGCCUAUAAAUGUUGUCAGGCAAUAUACAUGAAGGUAUCACACUAGGCAAGUGUUCUAAAGUAUGUCUAUAUAGCCAUAACUCAAAGAAUUAUUCUUGUACAUGAUGUCUCCACAGCCCAAGCAAAGGGUCAUGGCUUACAGAGCAUACAGAAGAUCCCAUGCUCAAUCCUUGCCAUCUCCAAAUAGAACCUGGGAAGCCUGAAAACCAGGAGAGCUGGACAACAGAGCUACAGGGAUAAUUGCCUGGCAGAUUUCUAUGUUAUUUAAAUAGUGUUGGUGUCUAUAGUCUACUUUCUUUUCUUUUCCUAGGUCAUACAAUCAACAGAAAAGUCAUCCAUGUUUCUAUUGCUUUAA